AUGCUGCGGGUGUGCGACAUCACGGGGAAGAAGGCCAACAAUGCGAACCGCGUCACCUUUUCGAACAAGCACAACGCGUACUGGCAGUACCCCAACCUGCAGACGAAGAAGUUCUUCUCACCAAAGCUCGACCGCACCCCCCGCACCGCGCAGGUGGCCACCUCGACCAUCCGCACCAUCCGCAAGCUCGGCCUCGACGAGACGGCGGCCAAGUACGGCGUCGAUCUCGCAAAGUUCUGA